AUGGCGAAGCAGAGCAAGAAGAGAAAGCACUCGCAGGACGACACCGGCUCCAAAAAGAACCAUCCGGAGAUCCAACCGAAACCAGAAUGGAAACCCAACUAUCUUCACCGAGACGACCAGAAGCUCGCCAGUAUCCAGCUCCCCAGUUCUGCUAUGAAUAUCGCCUUGAGCCCUGACGAUAAGUUCGCUGCGGUGGUCGUCGGGGAAAACGAACAAGCGAAGCUCCAGAUCUACUGUGUCAAGGAAUUCCAACUUGUUGAAACCGUUCAGGUCGGGUCGGACCAAGUCUUUGGGCUUUCCUUUGCGCCAAGCUUGCCACACAAUAACGGAUACAUGGUUGGAGUGUCAAAGACAUGCGAGGGUGCUAUGCUCUGGUAUUUUGACCACCGCGGAAGACUGCGAGACCCAGCGGACGUCAGCCAAGCUGUCGAUAGGAAUGGGUUAUACGAACGACUAGGUCAAGAUAUCUCCUCAAUUCUGACGGAGUAUCACAAUGCAAAGGAGACGGAUAAAACGCGUGAGUUCCCAGACGGGGUCACAAACACGCUGCGCACAGUGUUCGACCUGGGGCAGAAGGAACACAAGAUGCCGUAUCCACUGGGUGGCGACCGGGUGGUAUUCAGUCCCGAUGGCACCUUCUUGAUCACAGCUGUGAUGUACGACCCCCUCUCGACUUCGAACGGCGCACCCCUAGUGUUAUGGGACCUGCGGACGCGGGAGAUUCGCCACAACAUCCCCUGCGUUUCGAACAAGAUCUGGUGGAUCGCCAUAAGCCCGGAUUCACGGCUGAUAGCGUUCGGAGAAAGCGACGACUCUGUUCAAAUCUGGGAUUCGCAGACAGGCCGCUUCAAUGAUCCACCGAAUCUACGCGGAAUGCUCAUCCGGCACGGAGUGUUCUCGCCUGGUUCGUCGCACAUUGCGCUGAUCAACCACCCUGACGAUUCCAAAGCAUCGGUCCAUGUCCACAGCCUUACGGGCGGGAAACGCGUCUCUUCACUGCGGCAUGUCGCGAGAUGCUCCGAGCCUAUUUCUUGGAACCACGACGGUACUCUGUUGGCGAUACUCCGUGAAAAAGGUGGGAUAUCGCUGUGGGAUCCCAGCGCAAACCAGAGACCAACGAGGAUGGACUGGUCUGUGCCUAAUUACAACCCUGCAUAUCCCGAUUCCAUUCAGUUCAUCGAUCAAGGGAGGAAGUUGAUGUUGGUCUCCGCUUCCGGGACGACUGACGUUUAUGAUAUGUUGUCUCUUACCUUGUACAGAUUCCCUGGUGAGACGGGUACCAUUCGCAAUGCGCUUUGUGCCAGGGAUGGCUCUUUUUUGGCCGUAACGGAAGGGAGAGUAUUGACGUUUUGGGGACUCAGGUGA